UCAUAAGAGACCGGGAAUCUCGAGGAUUGCCUUCAGUUAAUGCUGUGUCUGCAAACAGCCAAUUCUUGAAGAAAAUUGCAUAAGAUGAUCCUAUUCGUGUGCUUAACAAAACAAAGUUCAUAUAUAAUUAGUGGUGCUUUGUAACGAGCUCCGUGUGGACCUUACACACGAUUAGAUGAGAUUUCAAUGAAUAUUCGUCAGAUCGAGUAUCCAACAACGUGUUUGUAAGUUCGAUUCAUUUUCGAAAGAAAGAAAAAAGCUAUUGUUAUUUUUUGUGGUACACAUUAAUCUACUUAAAAAUAUCAACAGAGAUAUACGAGAAAAAAGUAUAAGAGAGAGAGAGAGAGAGAAAGAUAUAGAGUCCUAAUUAUUCGUACCAGUUUAGAAUAGAAGAGAACGUAGCGGCAAUAAAAAAAAAAGAAAAUGGUGGAAGCUACGACGUUCAUUUCCUGAUAUUUAACUCGUAUUAGACUCGAUGCUGAUGUGAUUUCGAAAAGGACUCGGAAGGCUUGCCAUCCGGCCUAAAAGAUACAACAGGAAAAAAAAGAUUUAAAAAAAGCUAGAAAAAAAAACCGGAAGAAGGUGACAUCGAUCAUGCCUGCCUGUUCGAGCGAGAAUUUUUCUAAAUAUUGGUCCACGAGCUCGCCGAUUUCUAGGAGCAAUAGCGCUUCACCGCUAUUGCCCGGCACACCGUUAUCGACAUCGCCGCCUCUAUCGCCGCCAAUCUCGACUUUAAAGCGUUCAACAUCGAACGUAUCGAAUUCUUCGAACGCGUCGAAUUUGUCUCAAACGUCUAGCAACUCGAGCACGGUGAUACUUUCUUCGAGACAUCAUCACUAUCAUCACUAUCAUCAUCAUCAUCAUCAACAACAGCAACAACAGCAAACGUUACAUCAAGUGAAAAGCAAGGAUCAGAGCUACAAAUCUUCUUUCUUCGCAAGGAUUUUUUAUUGGUAUCUCGGACUGAUACCGAAUUUCUUGAAAGCCAUAUGCAACGUUAUCAUUUACGCUAUUUGGACGCCAACUAUUUGGGUAUCCGUUGUGAUUAACUUGUUCUGGACGAUCAUUCAGCUACCACUUACAAGUUUGAAAUGGUUCCUAACCAUCCUAUAUACUCAAUCCUCGGAAAGAGCACGAAACAAGAGAUGCGUUUUGAUUAGUGGCGGUAGCACGGUUCAGGCCGUUCAUCUAGCACGUAACUUUUACAAGGCUGGUGCUAGAGUGGUCGUUUGCGAAUUGGAUGGGCUAUUUGGAUUGGCUAAAUUUUCUACGGCUUGUUCGAAAUUCUACACGGUGCCACGACCAGGUCCAGGUAGUGCCGCUGAAUAUGUAAAGGCUUUGAAGGAUAUCGUAAAGAAGGAGAAGGCAGCGUAUUACAUACCAGUGAGCAUCACCAGUACCGCUUAUUACGACGCCUUAGCGAAGCCGUACUUGGAGAAUAUGGGAUGUGAAUGUUUCGUGCCGAGUGCGAGUGAAGUGACGGCCUUGGACGAUCCGUUGGAAGUCUUACGACGAUGUCGUUCCUUAGGUUUACAAACGCCAGACCAUUUCGUCUUACGAUCGGUUCAAGACGUAUCUCGACUUUACGAGGACAAUACCUUCAGAACGGGAAGGUACGUAAUGCUGGCGGCUGGUCCAGCCGGCAUGAGGGACAGAGCAAAGAUCGUAUUACCAUCGACGUCGUGGGAAUUUAUGAAUCAACAACACGAGAUCAGCGAAACGAAACCAUGGGUUGUGAUACGUGAUCCAGGCGGCGAUCAUUUUAUCACGUGUACAACCGUUAAGGAGUCACGAAUCGUAGCAAACGUAACGUGCCGAGUCGACGAGUCUCAAGGGCUCAUAUUGGAAAAUCGUACGGACGUAACGCAAUGGUUGGACCGAUUCUUUGCUCGUUCCUUUGCUACGAGAAUCAACGGACACCUGAGCUUUAGGUUAGCUAUAUGCGAAAAUCAAGGACCGUUGGUAUGCAUCGGCUGUCGUAUAGGAGUUAGCCUUCCUUACGUAUGUCAUACCGGGAUACAUCCCCGUUUAGUAUGGCGACCCUGCAGACAUUUUUCCAGAGAAAAUUCGACCGUUCUUAUCAGCAACGAUAGACAACAACAUGAGCAAACAACGGACGGGACGACGAACGAACGAAGUACGAACAAACGUUCGAUCGGUGAGACUUCUCCUCGUCUCUUGGGCACGGUUAUCGAUAAAAGAGAAGCACUAUUUGUAUACUGGGACCCACUGCCUUACUGUGCCUACUAUCAUCUGCAAUUACCAUUCAGAAGAGUCGCUGGUGCCAUCAGGGCGCAACCUGCCCGACAUAAUCCACCUCUCGCGGUGGUGCAAUGAGGUCAUCCUUAACGUAUCGCGAUACAUUAUCCCAAAUUUUAAUCGGGAUCUAUUGACCUCUGCUAAUUUAAAACUUUUACUCGUAUCAUUCUCUCUUCUCUCUCUCUUUUUUUUUUCUCUCUCUUUCUCUCUUUCUAUCGGUCUUUUCUCUCUGUAUCUCUUGCUCCAAUGUCAAAGGAAUCAGAAAACGUAAACUGAAAACAGAUUCACAAGGGUCAAGUUCGCAUCUCUAAUCGUUAUAAAAAUAUACAUUUUCUUUAGCUUGCGAGCGUUCUCAAAUUUGUCUUGGUGUACGUGUCAUAGUGCAGAUGGGUGAAAAUGAUGCACGUACGGUUCACGCGUUAUCAUCAUUAAUGCAACAUACACAUAUACAAGGCUUCCGUUACGAUUGAUACGUUCCUAUCUUCGUAGACUGAUACGAUAACAAUCCCGAA